AUGGCCAGCCAGGAUCUGCCACCGAUUAAAGGAUACGAGCCUAUUCAAUGGAGAAGAAAUCUUCCCUCCAGAGGUUUUAGACCAUCGAUCUGGUUCGGAAUAUUACUUGCCGUGACCUCUUAUGGUUUUUACAAAGUUAUACAAGGUAACAGAGAGAACGUGGAGCUUUCUCGCGAGAAGAUGUGGGCCAGAAUUCAUCUGUUACCACUACUUCAAGCCGAGCAGGAUAGAGACUUGGUCAGAAGAACCUUCAGUUACUACAAUAGAGAAGCCGAGAUUAUGAAGGAUGUCCCAUGGUGGGAAGUUAAGAACACCUACAGCGACAAGAGAGAGUUCCAGCCACCUCACACCGUUCUUGUUGGCAAGCGGUUGGAUAAGAAUUCUUUAGUUUAUCAGGGAAACUCCAAGAAUAGGUGGGGCCCUGAUGAGAAGAAGGACAACUGA